UGUUAUUUUAUUUUUUAAACUUAAAUAAAAAGUAAAAACUUUGAAUCGGGUCUUCUUUGUCAUUGAUUGUUAACACAUAAAAACUCCAUUAACAAUUCGAAGAAGGAAGAAAAAAAAAACCUCCCUCUUAUUUUCCCUCAAAAAAUCGCUUGAAAAAAAAGAAAGAGCUUGAAAAUGGGUUCGAGUAGCAGUCGACCGGGGUUGAACCCAUCACAGGGAAGACUCAACCGCCGAUUCAACCGGUUUCCCAGACUAUCUUCUUUAUUCACCUGCAGUAGCGGUUCUUCUUAUGCUCCUCUUGAGAUGGAAGAUUAUCCCACCCAAAUCCCAGUGAAGAGUUCGGAACACCGUGACUCGCUUUCCAACAUGGUCCAAACUCCCUUAGAGGAAUCUGGUUCGAUAUGCAGUACGGAAAUGGGGCUCAGCUGCACUGGUACUGAAACCGGAACUUCAGCUGAAAGCAAUAACGAAGCCGGUGGGGAUCUGUCGAUUGAUGGUGGUUCAAGAGAUGUAGAAGCAAAUGAUUGUAGGAAAUGCUUGACUGAAAGUACGGAUUUGGUUGUUCCUCAGGUAAGCUCUCAUGGUGAAUCUCGUAGGGAUAGUAGUACUUCAGCUAGCAUUUCCUUUAAAGAACAACAAUCUUCCGACCAUGACUCAAUAAAUCUUUCAACUAAUGAGGAUGCAGUCAGUGGCUGUGAAAACAAGGGUUCAUCUCGGUUUUGUCCCGAAUCGAGUAUUUCAUCUCCUCAAGGGCUUGAAGAUUCACAUCGGAUACCUGUUGAGAAUCAAUUGGGUGAAGUAAUGACAGUCCAUAGCUCAGGUUCUGAUUCCGCUCCUCGUGACUCUGAACUGGCGACCUUACACUCCCUUAGAGAAGAAUCGAUACCUUCGGGUUUAGGAUUUCUCGUGUCCAAUAGGGAACAAGGCCACGGCGAUGGAGGUGUGCUUCACGUUGAUGUUGUGAGCAUUUCUUCCAAUAUUAUAUCCGAUGGCGGUGCUGAUACAAGUAAUCGUGAAGCCAGGAGGAACAGUAGAAGAUUGUUCUGGGAUGCAUUUUCGAGACACAGUUCUAGAAGACUUAAUGAUUCCCCAUCCGAUGAUAGGAACGAUGUAGCAUCUCAAGACAGAUGGCUCCUAGAUUUCAGUGGUGAUUUCUUUUAUGAUGGAGCCGGAGGUGAUUCUGGUUACCUCAGCACCAGUAGAAUCCAUAGCUUGAAUGAACGAAGACGGCACUCGAGAUCAGAGAUCUGGGAAAGGCUGCUCGGUGGCCAUGACGAAAAUAGUCAGCAAACUACGUUUUGUCCAUCUGGACUCCACCCUGAUGGCACGUGCUCGUGCGAUUCUCUCUUGUUAACUGACGAGUCUAGUGCUCGUGCAAGUAUCUCACGAAUAGUUAUGCUCGCUGAGGCUUUAUUUGAGGUUUUGGAUGAAAUUCAUCGUCAACCGGUAUCACUUUCCUUAUCAAUGGUCUCACUCCCGGCUCCCGAAUCUGUAGUUGAUUCUUUCCCUCUCAGAAAUCACAAAAAAGUGGAUGCAUCAAAGGUCGGGGACACAGUUGACCAGUGUCAUAUAUGCCUGGCUGAAUACGAAGAAGAGGAGAAAAUACGAGUUCUGCCUUGCCAACACGAGUUUCACAUGUCUUGCGUCGAUAAAUGGCUUAAAGAAAUACACGGGGUUUGCCCGCUUUGUCGAGGCGAUGUUCGUCAGGGUAUGGACUCGUCUGUCCCGAACUCCGAGGUUCCCUCUCUUUGAAAAAAAAAACUGUAUAUAUAUGUAAAUUUACAGCUAAAUGGUGGUGGAUUCUCAUACGAACGUUAUAUGCUUUAUCGUUUUUCUAUCAUGUUGGUAACUUAUUUUCCUUAUUGUGCGGCUGUUUGGCAUUGAGGAAAUGUCAUCUUUUUUAAGGUAAAAGUAUCAUGGAGAGUUUGAUUGCA